UGCCUUCUUUCUCCGUCUCUCCUUAAAAAUCCAUUUUUCACUCUCUAUCUCACUCUCUGUAUUACGUAAUCUUCAUUUUAAUCUCCAAAUUAGUAAAGUAAAAAUAAAUAGCUUCAACUUGUAAGUUGAUUCAGAUAUUCUCUGUGCAACGUUCUACUCAAUAACCUAAGAUUUUGAUUUGGAGAAAUUAAUCAGCAUGCCUUGGACGUCUUCUUUCGUCAACUACAAUAGAAAGUGCGUUUGCUUGGUGGUGUUUUUCCGUGUGAUUCUGUAAAUUAUCUGGGGUUCCAGUUUUUUUUUUGUUUUUUUUGUCAUUUAAUCCUUUUACUAUACUGGUUGUGGAGCUGAGGAUGUACAUUGCGAUUAACCUAAAGAGAUAUAAAAAGGCGAAGGAAGUUGGCAAGAUUACAAUGAAUGUCAGGAUUAUUGCCUAUUACCAGUUGAUGCAAGUCUGUCAGGCUGAAUACUUCCGCCAGCUUCUUAAACCUGUGACGUAGUUGAAAUCUUUCAGAGCUCCUAAAUUGAAGAAAUUACUGUUGUCUUCAUUUCGUAAUUCUUUGAGAAGGCAGUAAAAAAACUGAACUUUGUUUUUGGUAGCUGUUAAUUUGGGAUUUGGGGCGUAGACAUCUUUCUUGCAUCAUGGCAGUAACUGCGUGACCGUCCUGUUUAGCCUCCUUCUGUAGUAGCUUAGAAGUUCUCAUCCGAUUAGAAACAACUAAAUUCUGUUGCAAGCUCCAACUUUUACCCGUUAAACUAAACUCUUUAAUAGUCAGUAGCACUAGCCCCUGACUCAUGCAGAGUGAUCAACGGUUCUACAAUACAUAUGCGGUGCCCCCACAUCCAUAUCAAGGGGUUGGUGGUGUAUAUCUCAAUGCCACCUCAAACACACCGAUUCCACUUCCUGGUGGCAUGCAGAUAAGACCCUUUAAUGGGGUCGAACUCCAACCUUUCGAGGUCUGUCCUAAGAACUUCAUAAUUUUUGAUCAGACAGAAAGAAGAAGCCGUAUAAUAGUCAACCCUGUGGUGGCAGAGAAGUUCAAAUACUCUGGUUUUGAUGUCCAAGGAAACGAUGAGAUGAAAGAUGUGGGUGCAGGAUACAGUGAAUCUAGCAUCCCUAUGAAAGAAGAUACGGCAGACAUCAAUGCUUUAUUAAGCUUAGAUUAUGAAGUAGGGGAAGAAGAAGAUGAGGAAGAAAUCAGUACUGCAAGAACUCUUGGCAGUAGCAGAGGUAGCUCGCCAGACUCAUGCUCAACCUAUGGUUCACGACCAAGUAAGGUAAGGUUGACUUCCUCCACUCAGAAAUCAUUCACGUGCAGUAGCAGCAUUGAGAAAAAGCGUCACAAGAUGAAAGAAGUGAUAAAGACAUUGAGGGGAAUUGUGCCCGGUGCUGAUGAGAUGGAUAAUGCUGCUGUUCUUGAUGAGGCUGUCAAGUAUCUCAAAUCUCUCAAGGUUGAAGUGAAGAAGCAUGGAAUUGUUAAAUUCCAUGACUGAAGAGAGUCACUGUCAUGCUCGGCUGAACUCUGUUUACAAUAUCUUUUAUCUUAUCAUAAUUACAAUUGAAUCUUUGUUUUUUCAGGAGGGGCAAAGGGGGGGGUUGGAGUUUGAUUAUUGUUUUUUUUUCCCCCUGAAGCAUUGUUGUUGAAGCUGUUAUUGUAGUUUUACUUUAUUUGAAGCAUUGUUGGUGAUGCUGUUAUUGUAGUUUUACUUUAUUCAUUCUCUCGAAAAUCUUAUGGCCGGACUUUGGCUUCUGCCAAUAAUGCUAUAACAACUUUUAAUGCUUUAUGAAACGGAUGGGAUUUUAAUAAAUGUUGCUAGAGAAUUGUACUUGGU